UUUUGUUUUAGUAUUAGUUUUUCUAUUUUGUCAAAAAGUAUGGCAUUUCCUCCACCUUACAACAAUCCAAUGAUGGCACCGAGAAUGCCACAGCCUAAUCAGCCAGGCCAAUUUACAGGACAAAAAUUUGGAUUCUUUUCACCCCAAACAACUAUACCAACGAUGCCUCCACAAGUUAUGCAAAUGCAGAUUCCCCAGUUGCCUAUAGUUGGAGGGGUUCAAUUGACCUUAAGACCAAAUUUUCGACCGUUUGUGAGACGACCGGCAGAAGCGCCGCCAACUCAAUUCGUCCCGCCUGUUAAACCUGUUGCGGUCACAACUGUUUUUAUUGGUAAUAUUACUGACUUAUGCGAGGAUAGUCUUAUUCAAGAAAUUUUGGGAAAAUGCGGAACUGUCCAUACCUGGAAACGUCUUCAAGAUCCUAAUGGAAACUUUAAAGCUUUUGGUUUCUGUGAAUUUGUUCACCCUGAUGGUACCAGAAGAGCAUUAAGAGUGCUUAAAGAUUAUCCUCUUGGCGAGAAACGUUUGAACGUUAAAGUUGAUGACGCUACUGAAAAAUACUUGAAAGAAUUUGCUGAGAAUCAAACACGUUUGCUUGGUAUGGACUCGGGUACGCCAAAAUCAAUAAAUCCUGAAGAAGACGAUAAACAGCUUAGAGCAGCAAUUAAAGCAAUCAUAGAGAAAAAAGCUCCAGGAAUUCUUGAAGUUAUGCCGGAAGAUGAUGCAAUAGGUGAUGCAGUUACCAAAGAUGGAUCUCAAAAAGAUGUUGUAUCUAAAAGUCCAGUGGAUGAUGAAACUUCUAAGGUACACAAGCGUAAACAUUCUUUGUCGCCAUCUGGGAAGAAAAAGCGAAGCUCUUCAAAAAGUAGACAUUCUAAACACGAUGGAUCGCAUUCUAAAAGAUCCAGACGACAUUCAUCAGAUUCAAAUUCUUCCUCCGGAUCAUCAACAGCCACAUUACCAAUACAUCCAUCACCAAAAAAGAGUACUUCCUCAUCUCGUCAUCAUCGUAAAGGAGGAACGCCUUCUUCAGAAGAUUCUUAUGUUCUAGCAGAGAAGCGUCGUUUAAAAAAAGAAUUGGCAGAACGUGAAGAAUCGUAUAUUACAAGAUUAAAAAAAUGGGAAGAAAGAGAAAAAAGAAUGGCAAAACAAUAUGCAAAGGAUCGUGAAAGUGAAGUACAAAGAAAAAAGACUAUUGAUAAAGAAGCUAAAAAACUUAGACAAUUUUUGGAAGAUUAUGUUGAUGAAAGAGAUGAUUUGAAAUAUUACAAAGGUUCUGCCUUACUUGAACGUCGUCGAAAUUAUGAGCGUGAACGUGAGGCUGAUGCUAAAGAUAGACAUGAAGAGAAACGUGAAAUGGAAGAGGUUAAGAAACAAUUACUUAAAGAAAAGGAAGAACAGGAAAAGUUGCUUUUACAACAACAAAAGGAAAAAGAGAAGGAAACGACUCAAGUAAAGGAGAUUUGGGAGACAGUUCCCGGACGUCCUCAUAAAAAUGGUGUUGAAAAUAAAGAAAAAGAUAAGCCACUUCCUCCACCUAAUAAUGAAGAAGACGAAACUUCAAGUCCAUCACCAGUUAAAAAGCCAAUAAUAACAACAAUACAACAAAAAACAAUUCAGCCAGUAAAUGGUCUUUUUGAGGAAGAUGAAGAAGAGGAAGAUACUUUACAUCAAAUUAAGAAGAAAAUUAAGCCGUUUGAAAUUACAAGAGAGGAUCGUAUUCAAUCUUUGACGCCAGAAGAACGAAAAAAACUUAUAAAAGAUUUGAUUACUCGAAUUCCAACAGAACGUGAACAACUUUUUGCAUUUUCUCUAAGUUGGGAAUUUUUGGACAAACAAUUAAUGGAUUCAAGAGUUCGUCCAUGGAUUAAUAAAAAAAUUUGUGAAUAUAUUGGUGAAGAAGAGCCGUCUUUAGUUUCUUUUAUUUGUGAAAAAAUUGAUUCAAGAGCUUCUCCUGAUAAUAUUUUGGCUGAUCUUUCAAUGGUACUCGACGACGAAGCAGAAGUUUUUACAGUAAAAUUAUGGCGAUUAAUAGUUUAUGAAAGUGAAGCUAAAAGGCUUGGAUUAAAUGUAUUGCCUCAACAACAACAACAUUCUAGUAAUUCUGCAAAUAGAAGCAGCAGUGGAAAAUGA